GAAGUGACCGUGUACAACAUCACCACACAGCAGAGAAAUAACGCGACCACAGGAAUGGAAAGAAAAGACCUUUAAAGAGAUGAAAAGCAGCAUCCAUAAACAGUGUACAAUGCACACCCUCAGUGAGGCGGCGGCCAAGUGAUUGUUGGAGGAGGAGGAGGAUGUUUGGCCAGACAGGGAGUCUUUGUGGUCCGCCGGACAAAGAGCCGUUCUCAGUCGACUGCCGUCUGCGUCGGUUUACAGUGGAACAGAUCGGACACAAACCCAGCCGGACGCUCCGACCCGACUCCCGUCUGGUUUUCACUUCAGGUUGAUUUCUCGUUUGCAGGGAGACGACAUGAAGCGCUGCCUCGGAUUAUUCCUGCUGGCUUGUUUCGGGAUGCUUCAUUUGGGUUCUGGACUUCGCUGCUACAAGUGCUCUGAUUACACCGGACGCUGUCAGAACGUGCAGGAGUGCACGUAUGAAGACUCCUGUAUAUCUCUGAGUGAACGAGGUGGGAAGACCAUCCGUCAGUGUAUCAGGUACACAGACUGCGAUAACUCUCGCCUCGCCCAGAUGUUCCCAGCGAUCUCCGGCUUCACCUACCGCUGCUGCAGCAGCAACCUGUGCAACUCCGGCAACGCUGCUACCACGGCGACGCCCGUCCUGGCCGUGGCGGGGUCCCUGCUGAGCGUUUGGUGGUGUUGGAUCUGAAUAACUGCAGGCUGCAGUAGUUUAGUAUUUCAGGAUUUAAGUUAACAUAAACUAAACCGAGUGUUGUUGUUGUGAGUCGCCUGUGGCACUUGCAGGCUCUCAGGUCAAUAAAAGAAUUACUUUUUCACCUUGUUUGCUAAUUUUCAAUUUCAUUCAAGAAAAAUUUUUAAUUCUUUGUUUUGUUGUAUUUUUGCGUCUAAUUCACACUCUGGUUCCUUCCCGGUAACGAUGAUUUAACACUCAACAAAUCAAACCACCAAAUAUUUGUGAACAAACGAAGCUACCUUUUGUCUCCCCUUCUGAUUACAAGAUCAUCACAUCAUCAUCUCAGAUUUCAUUAGAGACUUUAAAUCCGACGUAGACCAUGUCCCACAUCUGACUCUCUGAUCUAUUCAGCAUUUUUAUGGGAGUAUCUUUUAAAUUAUUAUGAUGACAUAAUUGUUUUAAUCUUUAUAUUAAAAUAAAACAAUCCUGGUGAAAAUUGAA